AUGUGCUGUGUGCGGUGCCUGCCAGCUGCGAAACCCAUCCGAAAUCUCUUCCUUCUUCCUCCUCUCCUCUUCUCCAUCUCUGGACUUUUCUCAACGCAGAUUUCCCUCUCUUUCACGACGAUGAUUAAACUUUUUAAAGUGAAGGAGAAGCAGAGAGAACAAGCAGAGAAUGCAAGCGGAGGACCACCUGUUAAGAAGCAAUCAGCUGGGGAGUUGCGUCUUCACAAAGACAUAAGUGAGUUGAAUCUGCCAACAUCUUGUACCAUACGAUUUCCCAAUGGCAAAGAUGACCUGAUGAACUUUGAAGUUUCAAUCCAACCUGAUGAAGGAUAUUACAUGGGUGGCACAUUUUUGUUUACUUUCCAAGUGUCUCCCAUCUAUCCACACGAAGCACCAAAGGUUAAGUGCAAGACGAAGGUCUACCAUCCAAAUAUAGACUUGGAAGGAAAUGUUUGCCUCAACAUCCUACGAGAAGAUUGGAAACCUGUCCUCAAUAUAAAUACUGUCAUCUAUGGAUUAUAUCAUCUCUUCACGGAACCAAAUUAUGAGGAUCCGCUUAAUCAUGAAGCUGCUGCGGUCUUGAGAGAGAAUCCGAAGCUGUUUGAGUCUAAUGUGAAGAGAGCUAUGGCUGGUGGGUAUGUGGGGCAAACUUCUUUCACUCGCUAUGCGAUGGGAAAGGUAUCGAUUCUUUGUUGGGAUCCUUCCUUUCUUCAAACGGAACGAACAUAUAUAGAAUUGGAGCGAUUCCUUAAAAUCCUUUCUGGAUAUUUCUUAAUGUGCCGACUAUUCAUGGAACGUGAGAAGCAGAUGAAUAAUCAUCUGCUUCUAGAAGAAAUCAAAGAAUUUCUUGGAAAUUCUGCAAGAGCCACUCGUUCUUUUUUCUCUGACAAAUGGUCAGAACUUCAUCUGGUUUUCUUCAUGUGGUUCAUUGAACCUGUGUGGAAAGAACAGAAAAAAGGAACUUUAACCAUAACAGGUGGGAAAGCUGAGUCGUAA